UUUUCUAACUCUUAAUCCCAAUCAUCUCUCUGUCUUUUAUCUGUCUCCCACACGAUCAAUCAUCCUUUAUAAAUUAUAUCCCUUAAGAUCUCUUUUUAAUAAAGAGAGAGACAGAUAUAACAAACUUUCCUCUUCCUCCUGUGCAGGUUUUGGUGGCGUUUGAGACAUUGACAAUGUCUAGCGUAGAGGAUUUGAAAGAGCAAGGAAACGUCACUAACGAGGCAGAAAAGUCGAUGCCAUCAUCACAUCAGGAGGAGGCUGCUGUAAAGAAGAAAUAUGGAGGCCUUAUGCCAAAGAAACCACCGCUCAUCUCCAAGGAUCAUGAGCGAGCAUACUUUGACUCAGCUGAUUGGGCUCUUGGAAAGCAAGGUGUCGCCAAGCCAAAGGGACCUCUUGAAGCUCUUCGUCCCAAGUUACAGCCAACUCAGCAGCAGACGCGUUACAGGAAGUCUCCAUGUGCUCCAUCCGAUGGCGGUGUUGAAGAUGGAGGAACUCAGGCCGAGGGAGUUUUGCCGGGCAACGAGGCGUAGAGACAAUGAGAGAGAAAUGGAAACUCUUGUGUUAUAAUAACUUUGUUAAAAUCGGAUCUUCUCCGUCAAUUUGAAACAACAUAUAUGGUUCUCAUUACAUCUUAAA